AAUCAAGCCCGCGCGCUCUUCCAGUGAGUUGCUGCAGAUGCGCGUGGACGUGCUCCGGUUUACCGGGAAAAACUACAACAGCAUCAUUCCCUGUUCAGAUGGAGGAGUUUGUGUGUCAGCGCUUGAGAUUGAGAUGUAAAUUCUGGACCAGCAGAGCAGUUUAAGGUGGCGUCUCGUUGGAAGAUCGUGAAAUCUGCAGAAUGAACAGAGCUUUUAACAGGAGAAAGGAUAAAGCGAGCUUACACACACCUGAGGCUCUGGUGCAAAGUCAUGUUGUGUAUAAUGCAAAGUUUCUGGGUAUCACAGAAGUGGAGCAGCCCAAAGGCACAGAUAUGGUGCGAGUGGCCGUCAGAAAGCUGAAGUUUCAGAGGCAUAUCAAGAAGUCUGCGGGACAGAAAACACCUAAAGUGGAGCUUCAGAUCUCAAUAUAUGGUGUGAAGAUACUGGACUCCAAAACCAAGGAGAUCCAACAUAACUGUCAGCUUCACCGCAUGUCCUUCUGCGCAGACGACAAGACCGACAAAAGAAUAUUUACUUUCAUUUGCACAGAACCUGAGACGAAGACGCAUCUGUGUUACGUGUUCGACAGUGAAAAAUGUGCGGAGGAGAUCACUCUCGCUAUUGGACAAGCCUUCGAUCUGGCCUACAAAAAAUUCCUGGAGUCUGGAGGAAAAGAUGUGGAGACGAGAAAACAGAUCGGAAACCUUCAGAAACGAAUUGAGGAUUUGGAGAUGGAGAACUCCAAACUGAAGAAGAAACUGAAGGAACUGGAGGAUCAGCUGAUGGACUCUCGCUGUUCAUCGAGAGCGUCUGUCUUGUCAUGGUGCGGUGAUGAUGAUGUCACCUCACUGUCCAGCCUUGAGAUGCCCCCUGUCACUCUGACACCUGUCAGCUCACCUGACUCCAGCCAAUCGGCAAGCUUGCUCACUCCUCCUCCUGCUAAACCCGCCCACUCACAGCCCAGCAGCGGCUUCAUCCUGCCGCGACCUCGCACUGGAAGCGUACAGACUCGAUUGGCCUCCACAGAUAUAUUUGAUAUGAUUCCCUUCAGCCCUGAAUCUCCAAUAACAAAACGAGUCAACUGUAACGGCAUCUCAUCUCCAAAAGAAAGAGAUACAGAUUUGUUCGGAGCAGAACCCUUCGAUCCGUUCAUCUGUGGACCUGCGGUCUUCACUCCAGACAUUCAGUCUAAACUUGAUGAGAUGCAGGAGGGGUUCCAAAUGGGACUGACUUUAGAGGGAGCAGCGUUUGCUCUGGAUCAGACGGACAGUCGAUGCUGAUUCUGAAUAGAGUUCUUUUGUUUAUACUGUAAUCGUUGACCUCAAAACACUCAAUGACAUCGUCACAAUUUUUAUUCACGUUUCAAAUUUAAAGGAAAAAUGACAAAAGCUUCAAAACGGUCUGUAGAGCCCAGUUCUAUUUUUAUAUAAUAAAGUUACCAUUGAAUAUUGUACAUAUGUUUGAUCUUGUUAGUGAAGACUUUUUCUAGAUGCUUGCUAGAAUUUAGACCAAAUUUACACGGAAUGUUUGAAAUAAAAACAUGCAUUCAUUCACAAUCAAGGUAUCGUCUGAAUCUGUUUAUCCUGAUGCUCAUGUUGUGUGAGAUUCAGAACUGAUUUACAACUCUAUAAAAUCAUAUAAUAACACACUGGGGUUUCAAUUUAUCUGAUUUAAAGAAACUUUACAGUCAUAAACAGCUGUUGGAAAAUAAUGUCUUUAUAUCUUCUAAAAAUCUAAAAUAUCUUCUGCUGUUCACAUCCCUCUCACCAUCACUGAUGGAUGUUUAAUGCUUUGUUAAAUCACUUGCUAUUUGAUGGUAAAUAAAUGAGAAAAUAGGCACUAAAUUAGUUUAUGCUCCUUCACUCAAUAGCAAUAAAAACAGUUACUCUUUACCAGAGUUGGCUCUUACUAAUUCAUUAAUUUCUGUAAUUUAAUUACUUUUCCUUUAAAAAAAGUAAAGUAAGGGAUUACUGUUAUAUUUUCUGUAAUUUAAUUACAGUUGAUUCUGAUGUAAUUGAACUAAAUACUGCAAUGUGUACAGUAUUGGGAUUGACAUUUAACUGUAAAUGUGUUUACUUUAGUCACUUCAUAUUACUUCAUGCUGUUUUUUUAUUAUUUAUGUGAAUGAAUUAAGAACCGUUUCAUGUCUAUCCUUGAAUCACAGAAUUAAUCAUGGUUGAUGUAGGACAUAGAAAGUCAUAAGUAAUUAAAUACUUUUUGGUGAGAGUCAUUUGUAGAGUCAUCUUAUGACACUAUUGAAUAUGUAAUUAGUAACCCAUUACUUUUUCAGAGUAACUCUUUAAACAUUAGAAGUGGUUGUAAAAG